AUGUCUCAUGUGCUCUAUGCUCUAGAUUUACCCACCCUGCUGGUACUGCGACGGGUCUGCCGUACGUGGGAAGACUCCGUAUCCGAACACCUGCUCAUGGCGCUGUCAGCGUUGUUGCAAGACCUGGUCCCUAACCCACGAGCCUUCCUCUCAUCUCUAACGUUCGCUCGUGGAUUCAUCGUCGGCUCUACUGCGGUGGCAUUCCUUCUGCGACGAUCCUCAAGCUUCGGAAAGGCAGUCGACGUCGUCCUCCCGCGGGACAGCAGCGUCACCGCGUUUGUCUUCCACCUCAUGAUGGAACAAGGUGCCCGCCUUCGGUACCAACGCAUCGGAGCCAACCGUCAGUCGCGGUCGAGGAGAGCAGUCGCUGUCACAUGCCACCUGUUGACGAGCAAGGGUUGGAUUUACGUGCACCAGAGCACAUCUCGCUUCGCGCUCCUACCCAUCGUGAUGUCCACGCUCUCCUUGCAACUAUCAUACGUCAACAUGCACCACUUCGGGACCGCCUACCCAAACCUCCUCUUCGACCGACGGGCGCUACUGGCAAACCUCAGCGCCUCGAAGUCAGCCGUCGUUGCAGCAUACUUGGAGCGUGGAUUUUCGAUCAGACUCUAUUCCAACCAUUGGCCCGACCACGACGACGAAGGUCAAUGCGCCGCGGAGUUCUUCGAGUGUCCCGCACAAGUACGCACCUUCUCCGACGAGGUGACCGUUGUCUUCACUUUUGUCCACCACGACGUCGAGACGCCAUGA